UGGUUAAACUCCGGCAUUGAAUCUGCAGUUAAGGGCAUCAAUGAAACUUUAGAGGGAAUAAAAGGAAUUGGGCCUAAGGUUUAUAACAUCUCCGAAGAGUUGCGAGGAAUUAAAAGGUUUGGAUCAAAAGUAAGGGAUAUCAACCAGAAUUUAAAAAGCGUAGCACAAGAAGGUGUAGCUCUUGGUUUGCACUCGAGCAUGGGAUUUGGGAUCUCAAGGCCCAUGGUUUUCAGUCAAAGGCCACCAUCGAGUUCUUUGGUGAAUAUAUAUAAAGUUUUUGGCCGAUAGGAAGAUAUGGAGAAGAUUGUUGGAUGGUUGCUAUCAGACAAAACUCAAUGUCCCAGUGACAAUGACAAUAAUUUCUCAGUGCUACCCAUAGUCGGCAUGGGUGGCACUGGGAAGACAACCCUUGCUCAACUUGUUUAUAACGAUGAGAAAGUUAAGAAGUAUUUUCAUUUGAAAGCUUGGGUUUGUGUAUCGGAAGAUUUUGAUGUGAUGAGGUUAACCAAAGAAAUUCUCGAGUCAAUCACUGGUUUAUACCCUCCUUCUAAUUCACUGGACCUGCUACAGGUGAAACUUCAAGAAGCAUUGAGUGAGAAAAAAUUCUUAUUGGUUCUGGAUGACAUGUGGAAUGAGAACUACGAAAGAUGGGAUGCCUUAAGCACAGCUUUUGCAUUCGGUAAACCAAGAAGCAAGAUAUUGGUUACAACACGGAACAAAAGCGUUGCAUCAAUAGUGCGCACUGUUCCCAACGAUCAUUGUCUAAAAGGUCUGUCAGACGAGGCUUGUUUUGCACUGGUUAGAAGGCACGCUUUCAAUGAUGAAAAUUCAUCUGACGCAAAUCAAAAGAUUGAAUUAUUUGGGCAAGAAAUUGUGAAGAAAUGUAAGGGCUUACCUUUGGCUGUAAAGACACUUGCUGGCCUCUUGCGAGAUAAAAGGGAAAACAAACAGUGGAAAGCUAUUUUGGAGAAUGAAAUAUGGGAUUUAAGAGAAAAUGAAAUCCUUCCAUCGCUCAUGUUGAGCUAUUAUCAUCUAUCGCCUCUUCUAAAGAGAUGUUUCACGUAUUGUGCUUUGUUUCCCAAAGACUACGUAUUUGGCAAGAUUGAAUUAGUCGUACUAUGGAUGGUGGAAGGUAUUGCUCAACCAAAAGAAAGAAAGCGGCUGGAAGAUAUAGGGGCUGAGUAUUUUGAUGAACUAUUUAUGAGGUCCUUUUUUGAGUUAUCUAAUCGUCGUCAUGCUUUGGCAGGACGCCCAUCGUUUAUUGACACAUCAAAAGAAGUUCACAAAAGAUCAUUUUUUGAAUCAUCCAGUAACAUGAGAUCAGGAUUUAUGAUGCAUGAUCUGAUCCAUGAUUUAGCACAAUUUGUUUCAGGUGGAAUAUAUUGCAGGAGAGAGUAUGAUAAGCCAUCCCAAGUUCUUACAAUUACCCGUCACUUGUCCUAUGUUAUGGACAAUUAUAAUGUUGAGGCAACAGGAUCUGAGACCAUGAAAAGCUUACGCACCCUUCUAACUAUAAAUGAUAUUGGAGUUAGUCCCAGGUACUUUUUGCCCACCAUGUAAUUCCAAUUCUUGUGUGUGCUAUGUUUCAGAAAUUGUUGCAAUUGUGAGUUGCCUGAUUCGGUUGGCAAGUUGAAGCAUCUAAGACUUCUUGAUCUCUCAUUUUCUAAUAUUGUGAGGUUACCUAACUCAAUUGGAAGUCUUUACAAUCUUCAAUCGUUGGUACUUUUUGGUUGUGAGAGCCUAAGACAAUUGCCUAAAGAUAUGGGUAACCUUGUAAACCUUCGAUAUCU